CUCAAAUAAGUUUCACAUUAUCCUGUUUGUUAAGAAAAUUCAAAGAAACAUUGCCUUCGUCUUCGCCAUGGCCGGUACUUCAUUUCUUGAUACGAUUUUCCGAAGAAGAAAGAAGAACUCUUCUGACUUCACCACUUCUGGUUUCCUAAGCACUUUCGAAUUCGACUUUGAAACCAUUAGAGCUGCAACUGAUAACUUCUCACAUGUGAUUGGUCGUGGGGGAUUCGGUUCUGUCUUCAAGGGUAGGCUUCAAAGCGGGGAAGAAAUAGCAGUCAAGAGACUACUUGGAAGUUCCAUUAGAAGUGAGAGAGAUUUUUGUAAUGAAGUCGAGAUUUUGUCAAAGCUAUGGCACAAGAAUCUGAUCCAUCUUCUUGGUUUCUGCUCUAAACAAGACCAACGUUACCUAGUUUAUGAGUUCAUGCCUAACUCAAGCCUCCAAAGUUAUAUAUCUGAUCCUCAUAGAGAUUCUCAUCAGCUAAGUUGGGAGAUGUGUCGAAACAUCGUCCAAGGGAUAGCUCGAGGGCUACGUUACAUUCAUGAAGAAUCCCAGUUAUGGGUUGUUCACCGCGACAUUAACCCUACGAACAUUCUAUUGGAUUUAGAAUUUAAGCCAAAGAUUGCGGGUUUUGCAUUGGCUAGGAUGAUGCAACAAGGUGAGAGUGAAGGGGAAUCAACUGUAAUUGCCGGCACCAUAGGGUUUUUAGAUCCAGAGUACAUGAGAACCGGUCGUGUUUCUAUCAAAUCCGAUGUUUAUGCCUUUGGAGUUACCAUCUUGAUGAUCAUCAGCAGAAGAAGAGCUUAUAGUAGUGGGGGCGAAGAAUCACUAAUUGAACAUGUUAUGAGAUGUUGGAACAGAGGAGAAACCAUCUAUGUGGUCCAUGAAGUGAUGAGAGAACAAGAACGAGAAGAUUCGAUAAGCGAAAUCUUGAGAUACAUUCACAUUGCUUUGCUAUGUAUCGAUGAAAAUGCAGAGACAAGGCCGACUAUAGAUAAAGUUCUCCACUGGUUUAGUUGUUCUUCUACUCCUUUACCCGAACCAACAAUUAGUGAUCGAUUUCUUGUAGAGGCAGAAACAAAUCUGUGUUUUUCGCCAUCUCUAUCUCCAGGAUAUAGCUCUGAUAUGUCUCCUACGUCUUCACGUUAGGGAGAUUGGGUACUCUGUUUAUUGGGUUGAUGAGAGUUUAUGAUGAGAACGAUUUAUUGAUUACUCUUGUGUAAUAAAAUACCAAACUACAUUUUUUUUUAAAGAAUGCAAACUACAUUUCGGA